AUGGCUAAGCCCGCCUUAAAAGCAUCCAAAGAAUUUAUCACAGCAAAAGACUAUAAAAAUGCCAUAAUUUAUGCAAAAAAGGCGUUAGAUUUUGAUCCUUUUAACUACAAUGCAUACGUUUUUCUUGGAAUUGGAUAUUUUAAUGUAUCAGAAUUUGAUGAAUGUGAAAAUGCCUAUAAAAAGGCAUUAGAAAUCGAUAAAGAGGCCUAUUUGGCUUGGAAAGAACGCAUAUAUACCGGGUUUUCAUGCUUAUAUGCGUCUCAGAAUCGAGUUGAUGAGUAUAUUUAUGCUUCAGUUAAGCUAGCAAGUAUUUUUAUGAAAAGUGAUGAAAAGGAUAAGUGUCUUGAAAGUCUGAAAAAACUGUUGGAAUUUGUGGAAGAACGGGGUUCAUUGAAUCAGAUACUAAAGACACUUAAGUUUUAUCUUCCGUCAGGGCCAUUUUAUAAAUAUAUUGAAAAUUGUAUUAUUACAGCAGAGAUUGCAUAUAUAAAAAUGAUAAAAAUAGCAGAAGAUCUUGAGAGAGAAAAAAUAAAUAAAUCUAUGGCUAAACAACGAGGAAGGCUUGGAUUUACAGCGGAAGAGAUCUCCCGAAAUGUGAAGAAGGAAGUAUUUAAGGAUUCUACUUUGGAAAAAAUAUAUGAAGAAGCAAUGAAUUGGAUAGAUGAUGAUAAGUUGCGUAGGGAAAUUGAAGUGAAAUUGCUUAAUCAUUGUUAUGAGCAUCUUAAAAUAGUUGAUGCGAAUGAAAAAAACUAUAAAAGAGAGAAAGUGUUGAAACUUGCAUCAGGGAUGGUUAUUGUAAAAAGUUAUGAUAUUUUACCUUGGAUGAUUGUUCUUGAAUGGAAAGAUUUUGAGGAAAUUGAUGAAUUGGAUAUUAUGUUUAUUCAGGAUUUUAUUUCUUUAUUUCCGAAGCAUCCCAUGGGAUUGUGUCUUCGAGGGGUUUUGUCUUUAUAUUUAAAAUAUUCAAAGAGAACAUUUGUUAAUGGAGGAUCUGAAAAUAAUAGUGAUUAUAUAUUAAAAAACAUUUCAUGCGAAUUAUUUGAUGAUCCUUUGGACGUUUUUAUUGAAGCGACUGAGAAUUUGCCAAAUUCAGUAUUUUGUUACCGCUUUUUGGUGCGUUCUUAUCUUUCUAUAAAAGAGUACGAAAAUGCUGUUAUUGUUUCUCAAGAGGGGCUAAAGGCUCUUUCAAAGUUUUCUGAAGAGACAGGUUUAUCGCUUCCUUUUGCACAACGAGAUUUGAAAUUUCAUUUGGCUCUAUCAUAUGUACACUAUAAAUUUCCUAAAUUUCACGAUAAGGCAUUGGAGUUGUUUGAUCAAAUACUCGAGUUAUCUUGUAAUAAUGUCAUGUCAUUAUAUGGGAAAGCAAUUAUAUUAGAAGAAAAAAAGGAUUUUUCUUCAUCUAUUGAUUUGCUUUUGAAGGCAAAAGAUAUGGAUCCUAAUAAUAUUCUUAUUUUAUCUGAAAUUGCAUGGUGCGAAAUAAAUACAAAAAAUUAUGAAGAUGGAUUAAAUAAACUUGAUAUUUGUAUAGAAAAAAUGAAUAGUGAUAUUUCUCUUUCUGGAUAUGAUAAGGCUGAAAUAUGUUGGAAAAAGGGUGUUGGUCUUUUUGAGCAGAACGUUGAAUCAAAAAAGUCUGAAUCAUAUUCAUUUUUUAUAACAUCUCUAAAAUACGAUCCUACGUAUUCCCAUUCAUAUGUAAAUUUAGGUAUAUUUUAUGCCGAUAUUUUGAAAGAUGAAAGUAGAUCUAUGAAAUGUUUUCAGAAAGCAUUUGAAUUAAACGCUGGAGAAGUUGAUGCUGCAGAAAGGCUUGUCGUUGCAUACGCGAAAAAGGGAGAAUGGAAUUUGGUAGAGGCCAUAGCAAAAAUUGUACUUUCUGCAGAUAAAAUAUAUAGAAGAUAUAGUCGCGAUUUGUCAUGGCCACAACGCUCAUUGGGAAUAGUUGAAAUGAAUUAUAAAAGAUACAAUAGUGCUAUUGUUUAUUUUCAAAGUGCUCUGAAAAUAUGCGCAAAUGAUUCUCAUUCUUGGUCAGGUCUUGGAGAAGCAUAUGCUAAGUCUGGGAAAUAUAUAGCAGCAUUAAAGGCUUUAAAAAAGUCUAGAAGUUUAGAUGAAGAUAAUUGGUUUGUGCAAUAUUUAAUAGGUGAUGUUCAGAAAACAUUAGGAUUGUAUAAGGAUGCAUCUGAAUCAUAUUAUUCUAUUCUUGAGCUUCAUCCGGAUGAAUUUGUAGUUACUUUAGCAUUGUCAGAAAAUUAUGUUUUUUGGGCAUCAUCAUGGAAAGAAAAAGGAUUUUACAAAAAGUCGGAAGAGUAUGCUAUUAAUUGUUUUAAAAUAAUUGAGCUAUCGAAAAGCAAUAGUAAAAAGAAUAGUUAUACUCUUUGGAUUAUACUUAGUAGGGCUUGUUUUUUGCUCUCGAGUUUUUUUGUUGUUGAUUCAGAGUCAUUAAUUUCAAUAUUAAAUAUAUUAUAUGAAGAAUAUGAUUUCGUUGGCGAAAAGCUAGUUCCGAUCAUUGAUGAUUUGCCCUUAGAUAAAAAGGAUUUGUUUGAUAAUAAUAAUUCUCGUUAUUUGUUAUUAUGGGCGUUUUUAUUUAUGAAGAGGGCUGUUAGAGUUUCUGUAAAAAAUAGAGCUGCACAUUCAAUGUCUUGGUACAGUUUAGGUCAAAUUUUAUUUUUGAUAUAUCUUCGAAAUGUAGAUGCAGAUGGCGAUUGGAUUCAUUGUUCAAUUUAUUGUUUAAAAAGGGCUAUUAAAAUGGAUUCUAAAAAUUCUACUUUUUGGAGAGCAUUUGGUGUAGUUAAUUCAACCUUAAAUUCAAAGAUUUCUCAACAUGCUUUAAUUAAAUCUUUAAAGCUAGAUGAUCAGAAUCCUAUUACAUGGGCAGAUCUUGCGACAUUAUAUAUGAUAAAUGAAGAUUUUGAUUUAGCUUAUGAAGCAUAUAUGAAAUCUCAGACAGUCGAUCCGGACUAUUGGGUAUCUAGGAUAGGUUUAGGCUUUAUAUCAAAAAUAAUGGGUGAUACUUUAGAAGCUAAAGAACAAUUCGAGAUUUCAUUUAUUAAUUCAUCCCAAAACAUUCCUAUUGUAAAUUAUUUAUUUGUAACAUCUUCAUAUGAUUAUUUGAAGAAAACAUCUCUUUCUGAAUUAACGGGAAAUCUUACUACUUAUGUAUUUGCAAUACAGAAAUAUCUUGAGCAGCGUCCUACGGAUUGUAAUGUAUUAAUAUUGAUGUCACUGUUAUUGGAAAUGAGUUAUGAUUGGACAAAAUGUAUUUUAUUUUCAUCAAAAGCAUGUGAUAUUUUAGAAAAGGAAUAUGAAGGAAAUGAAAAUUCAGAAAUCAUAGUACAGUUUUUACAUGCGAAAUCAAGUUUAUCUAGAGCUUUUUUGGCUAAUAAACAAUAUGAAAUGGCUUUAGAAAAUGCACAGAUUGUUCUUAAUUUAACAGAAGGAUCAGAGGCCUCAUCUAAUAGGUUAUCUUGCUAUCUCGUAGCUAGUAUUUCUUUAUUUUAUUUAAACAGGAUAAUGGAUGCGUUGGAGAUGUUUCAAAACAGUCUCACGGAAUUUAAUGAACAUCCGGAUAUUAUUGUUUUGCUUUGCAAAAUUCUUUGGGCAACUGGUGGUCAAGAAGAACGUGAUAUUGCUCGACAACAAUUAUUUGAAUGUAUUUCUCAGAACUCUAAUCAUAUAUCUUCCUUAUUGCUUCUUGGUAGUAUUGGCAUUCUAAAUCAAGAUAUUGAAGUAGAAGCAACUACUUUAAAAUGUUUACACGCGCUUGACUGGGACGAAAGAAAAAAGCAUGAUAUAGAUCAUAAUGUGGAGAGGUAUUUGGAACUUAGUGCAUAUUUGAAGGGUAAUGAUCCAAAAUAUAUAUAUCUUUCUGCAUUGAAUAUAUAUCCUUCUUCCCCAAUCAUAUGGUCAAGACUUGCCUUAUUGGAGAACAGCCCCGAUGUUUCUUUGAUGGCCUUACAAAUCACUCUAAAGAAUCCAUGUUCACCUGAAAUUUUGGCAUCUGCUUAUCAUCAAAUGUUAACUAUUUUUGAUUGCCUAAAAGCACUUCAUCUAGCUCCAUGGCUUCCCAAACAUUGGAGAACACUUGAAAAACUUAUAACAUAA